UAAAUUUGUACUACAAAAUAUUUUGUGCAAGCAAGACUGCAACGCAAUCAAUAUUUUCCAAUUUUAUUUCUUAAAUUUUAGUAUUUUAAAUAUGAAUUCCUCAGCUUAAAAGUAUUUUUGAGCUAUUUCGAGAAUUCAAAUGCUAAAUGUGUGAGUUUUAAACAGUGUUCUGAAAAGCAAAUAGAAACAGCUACAGCAAAAUGUCUCGCCAUAGAAACGUGCGGACUAUGAACUAUGACGAAUACGACGAUGAUGACGACUAUCCCUACGGACACUCGAUGGAGGACGAAUGCAUCUCCCCGACGGACGCCCAACAGUGGAUAUUUGACCGCGCUAGAGGGCAGCACAGUAUGUCCGCUUUUCUGGCCAACAACAAGAACAUCGAAGAGGAGGACGAUGACGAGGUGCAGUCGGAACAGUCACCCUCGGAAAGCUCCAAGCUUCAGAGAAGAGAUUCCGAGUGCUACCAACUACCGGAAUUGAACGAAGUGGACAGAGCUCGCUUAAUGUCUUGUAUGGACGAAAUCAGAAAUAUUGUGGGUGAAUCGCUUUCGGAUCAGCAGCUGGUAAAAGCAAUUAUGAAACACAACUAUGACUUUAACAAUGCUUUGGAUGAGCUUCUGAAUAGUACCAAAAAUACGCCGCAGCAGUUGGAAGCAGUGGAUAAGGUUGCUCCAGAAGCCUCACAGGAACCCAUUGAAAAAGGCAUCGGUAACCGUUUGCUGGAAGAAUCGGGCAAACUAUUAGGUCAACUCCCACCUCAACUGAAAGUGGCGGCUCCCGUAGAUGAGCCACCGCAUCCAACGAUCCUUAUUACACCAAAGGCAAAGAAUCCCAACGUCACGAGAGGUUUCGAGAUCAACAGUCCUCGGGUGCAGUCUCCGUCCGUAUCUGGUCGCAACACACCAGUACAGGAAAGUGCCGACGACACAAAAUUAUUUCAAACGCCUAAACCAUUGCCAAAGGAGCUCCAACGCAAUGCUCAGGAACUGUUCAAAAAGGAACGUGGUGGAGACAAACAACACAUCCAUAUGGUGGUUAUCGGCCACGUCGAUGCCGGCAAGAGUACGCUGAUGGGUCACUUGCUGUGCGACACCGGAAACAUCAGCCAGAGGGUAAUGCAUAAAAACGAACAAGAGAGCAAAAAGCUCGGAAAGCAGAGUUUCAUGUACGCUUGGGUGCUGGACGAAACUGGCGAAGAGCGGGAACGGGGCAUCACGAUGGACGUUGGGAGCUCGCGGUUCGAAACGGUGAACAAGCAGAUCACACUGCUAGAUGCUCCCGGUCACAAGGACUUCAUACCGAACAUGAUCUCCGGUGCGAAUCAGGCGGACGUAGCACUGCUGGUAGUAGAUGCCACCAGGGGUGAGUUCGAGACAGGCUUUGAGCAGGGUGGACAAACGCGUGAACACGCGUUACUGGUGCGAUCUCUCGGUGUGAACCAGCUGGGCGUUGUCGUCAACAAACUGGACACUGUCGGCUGGUCUAAGCAAAGAUUUGACGAAAUCGUUGGCAAGUUGAAGGUCUUCCUGAAGCAGGCCGGAUUUAAGGAAUCGGAUGUGGUUUAUGUUCCUUGCUCUGGGCUCACCGGAGAAAAUCUCGUCAAAGAUCCUACCGACGACGAGCUGCUAAAGUGGUACAAGGGUCCAACUUUGCUGAAGGUUAUUGACUCUUUCAAAACUCCGGAUCGUUCAAUCGAUAAACCGUUCCGCAUGUCAGUGUCGGACAUAUUCAAGGGCACCGGUUCAGGUUUCUGCAUUUCGGGACGUAUCGAAUCCGGUAUAGUAUGCGUGAACGAUAAAGUUCUUGUGUGUCCCAGUAAAGAACAGGCAGUUGUUAAGAACAUUUCCAUAGACGAAGUGCAAUACACGACUUGUUUCGCGGGAGAUCAGGUCUCGAUUACUUUAGCUAACAUCGACAUCGCCAAUAUCUCUGUUGGCUACAUUCUCAGUGACAUCUAUAAUCCAAUUCCUUUGGCAACUAGGAUUAGGGCCCGGAUAGUAGUGUUUAAUAUUAAAGUUCCAAUCACCUUGGGUUACCCGGUUCUCCUUCACCAUCAAUCCUUGAUUGAACCCGCAACGAUUUGCAAACUCAAAGCUCAACUACACAAAGGAACUGGUGAAGUUGUUAAAAAGAAUCCUCGCUGUUUGGGUAAUAAUUCUUGUGCUUCAGUAGAUAUAGAGUUCCAGCGACCAAUCUGCAUGGAACGGUACGCGGAUUUCAAGGAACUUGGUAGAAUUAUGUUGCGUGUUGGUGGCGUUACAAUUGCAGCCGGCCUCGUUACAGAAAUUGUUAAAUAGAUAAGACAAAAUUUAACGUUUUACUCUAGACGGGCAUUUGUAAUUUCAUUCGUUUGCAAUAAAAAUGACAACGCGA